AUGGAAAAAAGUGUUGAAUAUGAAAUAUCAGGAAUAUUUGAUGUUGAUGGUUGUCUUCCUGCAUUUAAAGAUGCUAAAAAAGUUGAAGUCAUUUUUUCAGAUGAACUAAAAACACUUAAAAUUGAUUCAACACCGAUAAAAGUCAUUUGUAUGACAAAAUGCGAACAGAUUGUUGUUAUGUCAAAUGUUGCAGGAAUCAAACGCGAAGAUAAUUACACAGAUGAUUCAUCGAUUCUUUCAUCAACAAAUGGACCACAAAAUAUAUUAGUUUUCUUCAUAAAGAAAUCAUUUUGGUCUUCCAAAUAUAAUUAUUCAGUUAACACAAUGUCUGGUCAACAAUCAGCAUAUUAUUUUGAGUCUUCUAAUACAAAUCAAUAUAUCUAUUCUUAUUCACCGUUUUCAGUGAAAGUAAGAUAUUAUAUAGGACCACAAAGUAAGUCUAGGAGUCAUAUUUAUUGUAAAAAUAAUAACAAUGAAAUAUUACUAUCAGAAGAUUUAAAGGAAUCAGAAAUUUAUUCAUGUAGUCAUACAAACUAUAUUAACAUUUUAUUAAUUGACGGAAGGAUCGAACUUUCUGAUUUUAAAUUUGAUGAUCCAAAGAUAUCAAAUGAAGGCUAUCCUCAGUAUGAUAAUGGAAAUUUGAAGCCAUUAUGGUUACCAAAAACACAAACAUCGAAUGAAACUUCAGGUACUGAUAAUCAGAAGAAUGUUUCUAGUAAUAAAGCUCCAGCAGGUGCAAUUUCUGGAAUCGUUAUUGGUAUUAUUAUUGAAAUUGCAAUAUUUAUUAUUGCAUUUAUUGUUAUCCGAAAAUACAAAUCAUCAACAACAAAUACUGAUGUAGGUGAAGAAGUUUAA